AAAUGCUUGCUCUGAUAUUCCGUGGUGUCGUUUUUCUGGGAGUGGUAAGCUGGUACAGCUCAAGCGUUUGGAAGGCGAUAGACGGCAUAUUUAAGGAUCAGUUCCAGCGCUACCUCGACGCGGAAUACAAGCUUAACCCGCGAAUGCGCGAGCACGUGCAGCGUACUGAGAUCGAUAAACUGGGCAGCAAGCUUGCCGAUCCCAGUGUGCCGAGCUCCUUGGGGUCUGUGACCGUGCAGCGGCUCCUGGAGACGUGCGAUGGCCUCGGCGACGCCUGCACAGUCGAUGAGGCAGUUACCGCGCUCGAUCGCUCGAGAGACGAAAGUAUGCCGCCGGCGGAAUCCUUUGAAACAGCACCGGGUGCAGCUGGAGAUACAGGAUUGGAGGAGGAAAAGGAGGUCGGGAGGCCAGUCUUGAGAACCGAUGAGUCGGCAUUCCAAAACGGUGAUGCCGAGCCUCCAGACAAACGGGAGCUGCCGCUGGAGCCUGGGGCGAUCGAAUUCACCGCCAAAGAGAACAUGGGAAAAACCACAAAAAUAGACCUGGAAAACAAUGCUCUAUCACUCGAGCCAGAGCCAGAGAUUUCAGAACAACCGGCGAUAAAAGCUGGGGAACUAUCACUGCUCGAUCCAAAGGAACAGUUAGAAGACCACUCACAUGUUCGACCUUCGUGGCAAGCAAAAAACGAGCCAGCUCAAAAAAAUCGAAAAUUUCGUCGGGGCCCACUGAUCGGAGCAAAAUUCGAAAAGGUGUUAAAGCGUCGCGAGUACAUCCAAGUCGAAGACUUUGGCCGAAAGCGAAGAGUCAUAGCCAGUGACAACGUGGAUGAGGAGGAGGAGGAGGAGGAUGAGGAGUGGGAGAACUACAAGGAAUACGACCGGGACUUUUCCGAGUUUGAUGACGAGAGUGGGGAGGACGAGAGGGCUCGGAGGCCCGUGGACGGGAUAGCGGUGGCCGAGUUGCCGUACAGGCCUGCCGUCGACAUUUACGACCUGGAGCGGCUCGCGGCUGAAGAAUUCUGCCCGCUCACGCUCGAUGACGACCCGAGCUGCGACGAGACCCGUGCCUGGCCUUGAAGGCUUCAGCGACUCGAUGCCAUUACGACGCUGCCAAGUCGAAUCUUGACGUACUAUUAUAAAGGUGAUCGAUAAGCGCAGUUAUCAAUUGUUGCCUCAAUCGCGUUUUGUUGUAAUCGCUUCGAGGAGAGUUAGUGUUUUGUGACUAUUUGUCAGGUGUUAACGGUC